CGUCAAUAAUAAACCCAGAACGACUGAUGAGCAGUUGAGCUCUUGGAAUUGCUGUGUGUGUCGAAAUUUAGUUUCCCUUAGCGCCUUAGUCAUGGGAGAAGAGAAGUCAUCUUUUCAGGAUUUAAACCCAGAACUACUAAAGGAAGUUAUGAAUGAGGUUAUAGAUGAAGUUACUUUAGGGUUAUGUUUUGAAGUCCACAGAGCAUAUAAAAAAGGCACUUUAUUCUUAGCUGAUACAGACCCAAAAUCACAAAAGGACUUCGAAAUUGUUGACAGAUUUGGUGUUGAUGUGUUUGGACAACUGCCUACAAAGAAACAGUUUGAAUGUAUUUGUCCAAAUUGUCAGAGAAACAUGGCUGCAUCUAGAUUUGCUCCACAUCUUGAAAAGUGUAUGGGCAUGGGCAGAAACAGUUCUAGAAUUGCAAGCAGACGACAGGCUGCACAACUCGCCAGAGAAUCAAAUGACAGACCAUCCAGUGCUCAAGGUAAACGUGACAGUGAUGAGAGUCCUGACGAUGAUAAUGAUGUAGACUGGAGCUAUCAUGUUGAUAAAAAAUUGAAAAAAUUAAAGAAAGACAAGAUGACAAAUUCUCCAAGAAGAAACAAAAAUAAGAUUAGAAAUGGAGACAGUUUUCUGGAGAGAUCGGUAACUCCAGAACCAAAUUAUGAAAUGAUGACAAUAGAUGAAAGAAAAAAUCUCCUGACACAUACUUGUGGUGUGAUAUCAGAACAUACAAAGAAGAUGUGUACAAGAUCACAUAGAUGCCCUCAACAUUCAGAUGAACAAAGAAUACAAGUUAGACAAUUUCUAAUAUCAGGCGAUGAUGAUGUACACAUAGAUAUUGACACAUUAGAUGACCCAGAUAGUGAAUCUGUCAGAGAUGCAUUAUGGGAAGAAAAUUCAACGUCAUCUUCCCCUGCUGGAUCUAUUGUAUCUACUACAAGUUUAGCCAUUAAAAAACGACCAGCUCAAAAGGCAAGUUCAAAGAGUAAAGUAAAGAAGAAGAAACCAAAUCGAUCAAUGGAAUCUAUACAUAAUAACGAUGAAUUAUUAGCUAACAGUAAUUUGUAUGACUUUGAAUGAUUUAUAUUAGUUAUUUGUUCAUUGAAUUGUGUAUUUAAUGCAGUGAAUCUUUGAAAAUACAAAUUAUUUUAUGAUUCAGUUCUUUUAAAAACUAUCUACCUAGAUUUUUUUCAUAAUGUUGUGGUGUUUCAAAAAAUAUUUUAAACAGCUGGCUUUUGGAUAUCAAUAUGGCUACUUAGUUAUUAAGGCUCCAUCUCUUUAAAUGCUUUUCUGCAUAAUUAAAAUUUUGAAAGAAGCUAUGCAUUGAUUGCCUUUCUCUCAAGCCUGAAAAUGAAGUGAUGUUGAAGUUAUGCCCUUGAGAAGAACUAAAAGCUUACUUAGUUUCCUUAUAAAGAUUCAAUGUAUUACAGACACAAUUCAAAGUCCCAGUGACUAUAAUCCAAAAAUGUGUUGUAUUAUUCCAAAGUCUUUCUGUGUGUAAUUGCAAUCUUGUUUUAUGAAGGAGUGAGAAUUGUAUACAAUGUGUAAUUAAAUUAUAGUCAAAGAUUUUUAUUUUAAUUAUUCCCUAAGAACAAAGAGAAACUACAAUGCAGAUUUUAAUAAAUAUAGGAAUUUUUUAAGUACUUUCUAAAACCUUUUCAUUAGACAUUACCUUCUUAUAUAUCUUUAGCUUAAUUUAAUCGAUGAGAGGACUAGAACAUAUGACAUGCUAAUAAAUUAUUGUAUUAUAACCUACUCUAGGAGUGAGAUCUAUAUUGCGAUCACCUAGUCUGUCAUUAUAACCUACUCUAGGAGUGAGAUCUAUAUUGCGAUCACCUAGUCUGUCAUUAUAACCUACUCUAGGAGUGAGAUCUAUAUUGCGAUCACCUAGUCUGUCAUUAUAACCUACUCUAGGAGUGAGAUCUAUAUUGCGAUCACCUAGUCUGUCAUUAUAACCUACUCUAGGAGUGAGAUCUAUAUUGCGAUCACCUAGUCUGUCCAUCAGUCUGUUUUUUCAACAAAUAUUUUUGUCACACUUUUUCGUAGGUAUUUAUAAAGAGGAUGCAUUUGUAUUGGGUCAGCAUGUUGACAGUGUAAGUUGUAUAAUGUGAACACUUUUGGGAUUUGUCAGACACCUUUUUCCUUUCUAAGGAUUCGUUGAAUUUUUCAAUAAAUUUAAUGAACUUCAAAUUUUCAUCACUCAUUUUCCAUAACAACAGAACAGAAUGACUUCAUUUUUUGAUCAGCAGAUUGACAUAGCUGCGGAACUGUAGCUCUUAGGUCCUUUUGAUAUUUUUAUGCCCCCGCCACAGUGGAGGGGGCAUUGCACCCUUGUCCGUCAAUACAUAAGUACGUCCAAAAAUUAGUUUCCAUUCUCUAACUUCAAUUUGACUCAACCAAAUGUUAUGACACUUAUACACAAUGCUAAUUACCACAAAACACAGAUCAAGUUCGAAUUUGGGUUGCUUCACUUUUAUCGUUCUUGAGUUAUGCCCCUUUAUGAUAUGUUAUAUGCCAGCAGGGGCAUCAUCUGUGUCUCAUGGACACAUUCUUCAUUUAUUUGACAAUUUGUGGUCUAUGGUGCGAAAAUUGUACAAAAAUAUCAUAAGGACCUUUAAUAGAGCUACGGUUCCGCAGCUACAGCUUGACAGUGAUGCCUUGUAACAUAAGUGUGUUUUGGGCAUUUGUCAGACCUCUACUUCCUAUUGGCCAAUACUUUGAAUAUUCAACAUAUAUCUCCCGUACUACUUAACAAAAUGACUAUAGGUACACUUUUUGUGUAUAUCAUGGCAGUGAUGACUUUUAAUAAUAUAUAAGCACUUUUUUAUGUCAGACUUCUACUUCCUGUUCUCUCUACUUAAGAUUAUGCUUAGUACAACAAAGUGUGCAAUUUCUUGUUUUAUAUGAAUGGAUACAAUGUCUUGUUAUUUAAUGUUACUAUGUUGUAAUGCUCAUUCAAUUUAUUACAAUAAAAUGAUUAUAAGUUGUA